UUCAGCUGCCGUUGCAUUUUGCUACUCUGAAGCCCUCUGGUUUGGUCCUUCCCCAGUCUCCGGCGAACCCCGAAACCAACCAUGGCGGACAACAAGGCUGUCACCAUCCGCACCAGGAAGUUCAUGACCAACCGCCUUCUCUCUCGCAAGCAAUUCGUCAUUGAUGUUCUUCAUCCAGGGAGGCCCAAUGUUUCCAAGGCUGAGCUGAAGGAGAAGCUAGCAAGGAUGUAUGAGGUUAAGGACACGAAUGCAAUCUUUGUUUUCAAGUUCAGAACUCACUUUGGUGGUGGUAAAUCGACUGGUUUUGGGUUGAUUUAUGAUUCUGUAGAGAACGCAAAGAAGUUCGAGCCCAAGUCCAGAUUGAUCAGGAAUGGACUAGAUACCAAGGUACCAUCAUCAAGGAAGCAGUUGAAGGAGAGGAAGAACAGAGCCAAGAAGAUUCGAGGAGUAAAGAAGACAAAGGCUGGAGAUGCUGCCAAGAAGAAGUGAGAAUUGUUAUUUUGUUGCAGAUUUUUGCCAUUGAUGCUUCUAUUAGCCAUGUUUUUGUCUUUGGAAUGAAAUAUUGUGAUCAGUGUGGAUUUUAGAGGCAACUUUUUUAGUUUUGUUUUCGUUCGAAUUUUGAGUACCCUGCAGGGGUCAAAGUUAAAUUUCAGAGUAUCUAUCAACUGUCAUCAUUUAGUUAUGGUUGUUCCCAUUGGAUUAAGACACACUUCUGAGGUAACAUGGUAUUUUGUUAUGGUAGUUUGAUUUUCUUUGAGGA